AUGGCCAUCCAGCAUCUGCUCCUCAUCGUAUUCAUGGCUUCCAUCCUCCAAGCGGCCACCUCCGACACAGCAUACGACCUGUUGGCGAAAAACAACUUCCUGCGGGCUCUCUUGCCUCUGGGCGUGAAGUCGUACGUGAACCAUGAUGGGGGUGCCGUUGAGGUGACCCUCCCCGCCUCGUGCGACUUCAAUGUUACAGUUGCCGGUGGAUCACACAAGAUUCGGUUUGACAGCAUAGUCAGUGGGGUUAUCCAGCCCGGAUCCAUUACUCAAUUGGGGCGGCGUCAGGAUCCAGUUUGA